UUUUCAAUAACGUAUUAAGUUGUAAGUUGGUUGGUAUAAUAUUCCUGGCAUUUUAUUUUAUACUUUUUUGGAACAUAUUUUGUAAUAAGUAUUCUUAUUUAUUAUUUGCUUGCUCUGACUUAGGUUAAUUCAAAAAAGGCGCCGCGAGUAGAGUAAGUCAUUUUUUCUACAGUGCGAUCAAAAAGUUGAUCUAUCAAGCAAGCCUAGAAAUUUAAAACGUGUGUCUGCGGAAGAUAAAAUGUCACAAAGGUAAAUAGGAAAUGUCAAAAUAUUUUUUUUGUAAGCUGUAACAACAAAUCGUGGUGAACGAUUUGUAUGAAUAAAUUCCAACUACAUCUUAUUUUAGAGUGUUUUAAGACGUUUCAUACAGUAAUUCAAUUUGUUUAGAUCAAUAUUUUCAUUUUUAUAAAAUAAUUUUUCGACAUCUAGCUGACAUACAAACUUCCAAGCGACAUACGUCCUCAACUAGUACGCCUACUUGAUAGAAAAACUUUUUGAUCGCACUGUAUUUUGGUGUUACAAUGAGCAUUUUGUGACACUGUUUUUGGCGACAUUUUAUGCAAUACCACUAUCAAAUAUAAUAAUAAAUUUAAUUUAAAAAGCGCUUAAUAGAGAAAAUAGUAUAAAAAACGCGUGUUACAACCUCUCAUUGUGAUACUCGUGCAUUUGUAACACUUGUUUUUUAAUAUACUAUUUUCAUUCUUUACCUAGUUAAAAUAAUACAUUUUUUUGACACAGUUAUCAAAGGAAACAGAAAAUUAACAAAUAAGUAGUUUUUGCGCAUAAAUUUGGGAGGAUACAAUUGUUUUUAGAUUAGUUUUAUAAUUACCAAAUAUUAAGGCAUCAUCUUCUCUUGAUAAUGUCUGGUAACUUAUAAAGAAAAUUUAUGAAAAAAUCCUCCUGAAAUAACUGCGAUCUACCUAUGCUUCGAUUAAGUUCAGCAUUUUUCUAAUAAAUUAAUGUUUAAUCAAGAAUGCAAAGAUGAUUUGCAGAUUAUUGAAUUGAUUUCUUCUUACAAACUGGUUAGUUUUAAAUAAUAUUCAAAUUUUCUAUUGUUGUGUAACUCCAUUCAUAGUUUUUAUUUUUGGAACGUUAAAUCAUAAUAUUGCAUUUAUGUUUUUUUUCCCGCAUAAUUACAAUAAAUAUUAACUAUAAUUACAGAUUUAUUAAAAAAAAUAAUUCAGGUUUGUCAGGUUUAUGUAGUCGUGAAGUAAAAUUAAAAUCUACUUGAAGGUUGUGUAAAAAUGCCAGUCAUUUUAAACCUUAGAACGUCUUUUUAUCAAUUGUACACACUUGUUUAUAUUAAUCAUCACUUUUCUACUAUAACCGGAUUGAUUUGUGGUUAAAUUUACGUAUCUUUCGAUGUUUUAGUUAUUUUUAAUUAAACUCUAGUGCAAACAAUGUCGAAACACACCCGAGAUUUGGACAUAAUAAUCUUCGGAGCGACCGGUUUUACCGGAAAACAUUGCCUCCCUUUGAUUGAAAAAUUUUCAAAGAAGCUGCAUUUAAAAUGGGGCGUUGCCGGCCGUUCCGAGAAAAAACUCAAAGAAUUUCUGGGCCAAUGCGAGAAAGAAACAGUGACUUUCCUUGAAAACGUCCCAAUUAUCGUUGCCAACGUGCAAGAGGAGGAAACCUUAAGGGAAAUGGCUCGCAAGGCCCGGAUUAUUAUAAAUUGUUGCGGGCCUUAUCGCUUUUUCGGGGAGCCGGUCGUCAAGGCGUGUGUCGAAGAGGGCACCCACCACGUCGAUAUUAGCGGAGAAUCCUAUUACAUGGAAGCGAUGCAACUGAAAUACCAUUCAAAGGCGCAAGAAAAAGGCAUUUAUAUUAUUAGCGCCUGCGGUUUUGACAGUAUUCCGGCCGAUUUGGGAGUGGUUUUCUUGCAAAAGAAGUUUAACGGGACAUUGAAUUCCGUUAUUACGAUUUUUAAUGUGUGGGAGGAAGGAGGGCCGACUCCAGGAGCGACGCUUAAUUUUGGGACUUGGGAAUCAGCGGUUUAUGAAGUGGGCUAUGCUAAUGAAUUGAGGACUGUAAGAAGACAAUUGUUUCCAAAUAAAUUGCCAAGUUUUAGGCCGAAAUUGAAACUAAAAAUCACUCCACACAAAAAUGAUUUGGUGGUAGGUUGGGUGCUUCCUUUUUUGGGGUCGGAUAAGCCGGUAAUUGAGCGUUCGCAACGGCUUUUUCACGAAAAAGACUCCAAAAGACCGGUUCAAGCCGAAACUUACUUCACUGUAAAAUCAUUUAUGAAUGUUAUCUCCAUGACUAUUAUGGCCAUGAUUUUUUCAAUUUUCGCGAGAUUCGGAUGCGGCCGAAAUCUCUUACUUAAGUACCCAGAAAGGUUCACUUUCGGAUUCUUCAGCCGCGCCCCUCCUACUGAGGAGAAAGUCGAAAAGGUGCGUUUCAGUGUUACUUUAUAUGGAGAAGGUUGGAAUGGAACUGUUCCUGAUGACCAUAGAACACCUCCAAAUAAAGCAAUUGCCGCCAAAGUCACGGGGAAGCAUCCAGGUUAUGGAGCUACUUGUGCCAGUUUGGUGCUUGCUGCUUUAACUGUUAUCACCGAGACCGAUAAAAUGCCACCCGGUGGUGGGGUGUACCCACCAGGGUAUGCUUUCGCAAAAACGUCACUGAUUGAGCAAUUGGACCAAAAUGAAGUCAAUUUUCAAGUGUUGUUUGAGAAGGAUUUGUCCUGAAUAUUAAAUCUGAGUUUUAAAGUU